AUGGAACCCACGAGGGCGGCGCCUGGGGAGCAUGGCUGGGCACCUCGAGUGGCUCCGGGGGUGGAGACGGCCGCAGAGCUCGUGUACCAUCUAGCGGGGGCCCUGGGCACUGAGCUGAAGGAGCUGGCACGCCGCUUUGGGCCGGAGGCGGCGGCGGGGCUCGUGCCUCUUGUGGUGCGGGCGCUGGAGCUCCUGGAAAAGGCUGCGGUGGGGCCCGCCCCCGACUCGCUGCAGGUGUCGGCGCAGCAGGCUGAACUGGAGCUGCAGCGGCUGCGGGCAGAGAAUGAGAACCUCCGCAGAGAGCUGCGCUGCGGGCCGCAGGAGGAGCGCACUCUGCUGCGGCAGCUCAAGGAGGUGACCGACCGACAGCGGGACGAGCUCCGAGCACACAACCGCGACCUGCUGCAGCGCAGCCAGGAGACUGAGGCGUUGCAGGAGCAGCUGCAGCGCCUCCUGCUGGUGAAUGCGGAGUUACGGCACAAGCUGGCCGCGGUGCAAACCCAGCUGCGAGCAGCACGGGACCGCGAGAGCAAGUGGGAGCUGGGGCAUGAAGGGGCCAUGGAGCUGGCUCAGGAGCGGGCACGGAACCAGGCCGAGGGUCCUGGGUGCGAGCAGAGGCAGGAGCCCGAGCGGGCGACCACCGGAGCAGGAGUCCCAAGGACCCCUGAGGACCCCGCACCCUCUGACCAAACCUGCCCCCCACAGCAUCCCUCCGAUGUGGGGCAGUGCGGCUUCAGUCGAGAGGAGCUUCAGCAGAUCCUUCAGGAGCGGAAUGAGCUCAAAGCCAACGUGUUCCUGCUAAAGGAGGAGUUGGCCUACUUCCAGCGGGAGCUGCUCGCAGACCACAGGGUACCUGGGCUUUUGCUGGAAGCCAUGAAGGUGGCUGUCAGGAAGCAGCGGAAGAAGAUCAAGGCCAAGAUGUUAGGGACCCCAGAGGAAGCAGAGAGCAGUGACGAUGAGGAUGGCUCAUGGCUCCUGCUCUCCAGUGAUAAGGGAGACUACCCUACACCCCCUGAGUCCAGAAUACAGAGUUUCUUUGGCCUGUGUUACCGGGAUGAAGCAGAGGCCCCCGAAGCCAAGACCAGCAGCACGGCUCCCAACAAGCUAGGGGGAGAAGAAAAGGCCCCAGAGCAAUCCCACGCAGCUCCUGACCUGCCCUGCUUUGCUCUCAAUGAACAUCUUUGUCUGGGGGUCUCAGGUGCCCUGAAGUCUGACUGUGGGAGGACGUGUGACCUCAAAUGAGGACAGGGCUCCCUCCUUCUCAGCCCUCCCAGGCUCUUUCCCAAUCUUGGCCUGAGCCUGGGCAUGACAGGAAGUUCAACCUACCUUCCUUCCCUAUAUGUCUGAGCUAAGCCUCCGGGGUCAGAUACAAGUGCUUCCUCUCUGAGUCUCAGUUUUCCCAUCCAUGAAAUGGAGAACUGACUAUCUACCUCCUAGAGAUUUGUGCAGAUUGCCUAAGCUAAUGUAAUAAAGUAACUGCCCAUGACGCA